UGCAGCCUCGCUCCACAACCGCAACCCGGACCCCGCGACCUCUCCACCUCCACCGCCUCCUCCGCCGCCCUCUGACUCCGCCCCUCCUCGCCCCGGUGGCCGCCGCCCCCACCCCGCCGUGCAGGGCGUGGUCUGAGCAGCAUGGACACUCUGGAGUCGGAGCUCACCUGCCCAAUCUGCCUGGAGCUGUUCGAGGACCCGCUGCUGCUGCCCUGCGCCCACAGCCUCUGCUUCGGCUGCGCCCACCGCAUCCUCACCACGGGAAACUCCGCCUCCUCCUCCUCCGUCACCUCCUCCUCCUCCAACGCCGCCGUCGCCGCCGCCCACGCCUCCUUCCAGUGCCCCACCUGCCGCUACGUCAUCUCGCUGAGCCCCCAGCGCGGCCUCGAGGGGCUGAAGCGCAACAUCACCCUGCAGAACAUCAUCGACCGCGUGCAGCGCGCCGCCAACGCCUCGACGCUACCGCUGCCGCCGGCGCUGUCGCUAGCCGGCAGCGCCAACGCCAACGCCAACGCCAGCAACACCGCCGCCGUCGCGCCCUACAUCGGCGCCGAUUCGCCGACGGACGAGGGCGGGCGUCACCACGCCCACGCACACGGACACGCCCGAUACAACCACAAGCACCUCGCGCUCGUUCCCCUGCUGGUCAGCACCACCACCGUGGGCGUCAUGUCCACGACUCCGCCCCCUUGCGUCGCCCCGCCCCCGCCGCCGCCGCCGACCCCGCCCCCGGAGCCGGUGCGCUGCCAGUUCUGCGAGCAGGAGCCGGCGCCGGAGGCGGUGAAGACGUGCGUGACGUGCGAGGUGUCGUACUGCGAGGAGUGCCUGCGCGCCACGCACCCCAACAAGAAGCCGUUCACCACGCACCGGCUGGUGGCGCCGGUGGCCGACACCCACCUGCGGGGGCUGCAGUGCCCGGAGCACGAGGAGGAGCGCGUCAACAUGUACUGCGUGACGGACGAGACGCUCAUCUGCUCGCUGUGCAAGCUGGUGGGGCGGCACCGCGACCACCAGGUGGCGGCACUGAGCGAGCGCUACGAGAAGAUGAGGCAAUCUCUGGACUGCAACCUGGGCCACCUCAUCAAGAGGAACAAUGAGCUGGAGUCUAUGAUGGGGAAGCUCAUCCAGACCUGCCAACAUGUGGAGGUGAACGCGUCGCGGCAGGAGGGCAAGCUGCUGGAGGAGUGCGACCUCCUCAUCGAGAUCAUCCAGCAGCGGAGGCAAAUCAUCGGCUCCAAGAUCAAGGAGGGCAAGACGGUGCGCAUGAGGAAGCUGGCCCAGCAGAUCUCCACCUGCCAGCAGUGCAUCGAGCGCUCCUCCUCCCUCAUCACGCAGGCGGACCAGACGCUGAAGGAGACCGACCACGCCCGCUUCCUGCAGAGCGCCAAGGGCAUCACCGAGAGGGUUUCCAUGGCGACGGCGUCCACCCAGGUGCUGAUCCCGGAGAUCAACCUGACGGACAACUUCGACUCGUUCGCCCUGGACUUCACUCGGGAGAAGAAACUUCUGGAGAACCUGGACUACCUGACGGCUCCGACCGCGCCCAACAUCCGGGAGGAGCUGAGCACCGCCUCCUACGACACCAUCAGCGUCCACUGGACCUCUGACGACGAGUUCUCCGUCGUCUCCUACGAGCUCCAGUACACCAUCUUCACCGGGCAGGCCAACAUUGCCAGCUUGUGCGACUCCCUGGACAGCUGGAUGAUCGUGCCCAACAUCAAGCAGAACCACUACACGGUGCACGGCCUGCAGUGCGGCACCAAGUACGUGUUCGUGGUGAGGGCCAUCAACCAGGCGGGCAGCCGCAGCAGUGAGCCGGGGACGCUCAAGACCAACAGCCAGCCCUUCAAGCUGGACCCCAAGUCGGCGCACCGCAAGCUGAAGAUCUCCCACGACAACCUGACGGUGGAACGGGACGAGGCCACGUCCAAGAAGGCCCACAGCCAGGAGCGCUUCACCAGCCACAGCAGCUACGGCGUGGUGGGCAACGUGUACAUCGACAGCGGCCGCCACUACUGGGAGGCGCUGAUAGGGGGCAGCACCUGGUACGCCGUGGGCAUCGCCUACAAGUCGGCACCCAAGCACGAGUGGAUCGGCAAGAACUCUGCCUCGUGGGUGCUGUGCCGCUGCAACAACUCGUGGGUGGUGCGCCACAACAGCAAGGAGCUGACGGUGGAGCCCUCCCCCCACCUGCGGCGGGUGGGUGUCCUGCUGGACUACGACGCGGGCGACCUGAGCUUCUACGACGCGUUGGGCUCGCAGCACCUGCACACCUUCAACGUGUCCUUCGCCCAGCCCGUGUGCCCCGUGUUCAACGUGUGGAACAAGUGCCUGACGGUGCUGACCGGCCUUCCCAUCCCCGACCACCUGGAGGCGCUAGAGCCCCUCAGCUGAGGUCCGGGAAGGAGGGUGGGUGGGAGCGGGGCCAUCGGGAGGGUGGGAAGGGAGGGUACUUGGAAGGUUGUCCUUGGAUGGCGGUAUAUACGGAAGGCAGUCCUCGGGAAAAGGGUUCUUCAGAAAGCGGUCCUCGGAGAUCUGUCGUCGGGAAGCGGUCUUCGGAAAGCGGUCUUCGGAUAGCGGGCUUCAGAUAGCGUUCUUCGCAAAGCGGUCUCAUAAGGUGUCUUAAAAAUCGGAAGAUUGCCUGUUGCCUCACGGUCCUCACAAAGAGGUCCUCAUAAAGCAGUCCUCAUAAGAUGGUCCUCAUAAAGACGUCCUCAUAACGUGGUCCUCAAAGCAGUCCUCGUAAAGUGAUCCUCACAAAGAGGUCCUCAUAUUGCGGUCCUCAUAAAGCGGUCCUCACAAAGCGGUCCUCGCAAAGAGGUCCUCGCAAAGAGGUCCUCAUAGAGCGGUCCUCAUAAAGCGGUCGUCAUAAAUAGGUCCUCACAACCCGGUCCUCACAAACCGGUCCUCACAAAGUGGUCCUCACAAACCGGUCCUCACAAAGAGGUCCUCACAAAGUGGUCCUCACAAAGCUGUCCUCGUAAGGGGUGUUAAAAAACAGAGGGGCUCACCUGGUGCCUCAUAAGACGGUCCUCAUAAAACCACAUAAAAAUUUGACGUUAUUUUACAGUGUGUAUAAAUGAUGAUGACUGAAAGGAAGAAGAAAGAAGAAAAUGAUACUGCUUCCCCUCUUCGUUGUUCUUUUGAAAGGCUCACCAAUGGCCGGACGGGUGAAGCCAAGUUGGUCUCGGGUAAACGGGCAUAACAUCGACAGUAUUGACUCAAUCCAAUUUACUCUGCACGUUGGGCUACUCUUAUUAGCGUUGUUAUUACGAUGAAAGACUCGGACCGGGAGAAUAAAAUGGAAGAAAGCCAGAAACUCUAUUGGACUGUGUGUCAGCGGCUAGUCCGUACGUCGAAGCACAACACCGAGGACACACAUAGAACACGGAAACGUUACAGUACACCCUCCUUGGGACCCCAUCACAGACUCACACUCACAAGUACACUUUACACUGACGCACACACCGGUUGUGUAAAUAGACGGAGAUAUUAGAUGCUUAUUUUGUAAGUCAUUCCUGUUCCAAUGUCCUAAUUCAACCAAUAUAGCCAUUAUUAUUGUUUUACCUGGAUUAUUUAACAGUGGAUGUUAGACACUAAAUUAUAUUUAAGAUAAUUAUAAUAAUGAGGUCAAAUGAAAAACUAUUUUUUAACUAAAUUGACUGUAGAAGUAUAAAUACAUUUACAUGGUUUCUUCUGUGUUUGCACAAUAUUUAUUAAUGUUCUUGUAGGUGAAGCCCGGUGAAAUAUAGUACAGUUUGGUGCAAUUAACAUGCAUUUACAUAUUGUACAUAUUGUACUUCUGUAGUUUAUUUUGACAUUUCUUCCGUUUCUUUUUUUUUUCCUACUAUUGUUUCCAAUUCUACAUAAUAUGUCUGAGUUAUAGCAUUAGCUUAGCUUAGCUAGGAUAAAUGCCCGCUCAAAACAGUUUUCAUGUUCUUUUACAUUCGCUUUUUUUUCAGUUUGAUACACAAUGGUUGGGUUUGUGAAGCUUUUUGUGGCACAUUUUAAACCGUUAGUAAUGAAUUGCUAACAAAUAGUGUUGACACUUAAAAAGAAAAAGGUAUCUUUGACAUACUUUCAUAAUGUUUGUCAUUGCUUGCUUCUUUGCAUCCCAUAGUUUUACAAUGUUGAACAAUAAGUUUCUCCUUCUAGAUCCAAAUAAAAAAGGCAGAGCUUUUAUUUUGAUGGGGCAAUGUAAAUUAUGUCAUGUAUCCUGUCAUUAUCUCCCAGUCACUACAAACACCUGUCGAGAUCCACACUAGCUCUUCUCAGCUAUUCUGGGGGGAAAAAUAAUUUUGGCACAAAAUGUUGAUACAAUAUUAAUGCAUCUCACCUUUUUGCCAUCAUAAAUACCAGGUACACCUAAACCACAUAUUUUCCUUUGAGUAUUUGUGGUAAACCUAAUCUUGAUGUCUAUGUCUCAUCAACAAAACAUUUUGACUUAUUUUUUAUUGUAUUAAGAUGCAUAUAUAUGGUAAAUAUAUAUAUAAGUUAAUGUUUCAAUUUGACACUCGUUGUCGAACAUGUUAGGUGUAAUUAUGGAUAUUCUAAAGAAAUUGUUUUAUAUUUUGAGAAUGCAAGAGCUUGCAUCACUGUAAACUUCCAUCAUUAACCCCUCCAGCGAGAUACGGAUGAGAAAGGCAAAGAAUAAAAGUGGAUUUGAGUUAUAUGUUU